AUGGCCAGAAACAACACCAAUUAUACCCAAGGUCGAGAUGAUGAUAUGCUUAGCCUUUUCAGUCUUGAGCCAAACAACAGUGCUAUGGGUCUUAUCAAUAAAGAUGAAGCUAGGGAAUUGUCCAUCAAAUGCAAGUCUUUGGGGGAUUCUAAGUAUGAAGUAACCAUCACCGACUGUCGAAAUAAUGAUAACCCUAUUGAAGAGAGUAUUCUUAUUCAUAGUGAAACCCGGCCAUUUAUCCAUCCACACCGUGAACAUCGUAGCUUGAGAGAGCAAGACCUUGUAUUAGAGCGGAUAAAAGCAGAGCUUGAAAUAAGGUCAGAAUGUGGUAGCGCUAUUCUUGAAGCUAAAGCUAGGCAUCUCGCAAAAGUUACUAAAGCCAGGAAAGAAUCGAAUAGGAAAGCCUCUUGGAUCAAGUUAUUGCUGGCUGGCAUCUUCCUUAUCGUUGUCUGUGUCGGUCUUGUUGUAGCUCAAAUCUGUCCAUCUCCAACAAAAUGUACCGUGAAAGCUGCCACAACUCAGACGGAAACCGCCACAACUCAGACGGAAACCGCCACAACUCAGACCGCCACCAAGGCAGUAAAUGUCACUAUCUAUUGCAGUACACCAUGGGAGAACGGUAUUAAUGUUGCCGUUGCUGACGAAUCCUUGCAGGCCUUCAACGACUUGAAGUUGGGCAAGAAGCACAAGUUUAUCAUCUACAAGUUGAACGAGUCCAAGACCGAAAUUGUUGUCGAGGAGACUUCCACUGACGCCGACUACGAUGCUUUCUUGGAGAAGUUGCCAGAGAACGACUGUAAGUACGCCAUCUACGACUUUGAGUACGAGAUUGGUAACGGUGAGGGUAAGAGAAACAAGAUUGUUUUCUUCACCUGGUCUCCAGACACCGCUCCUAUCAGAUCCAAGAUGGUUUACGCUUCUUCCAAGGAUGCUUUGAGAAGAGCCUUGAACGGUGUUUCCACCGACAUCCAGGGUACUGACUUCUCUGAGGUUGCUUACGAGUCUGUUUUGGAGAAGGUCUCCAGAGCUGCUGGCUCCCACUAA